AUGACUUUUGUGGAAUCAACAUCACCAAUUCUGACCACAACUCCAAGCCUGCAAGAAGAACCCUAUGAUUUCAAUGUGACCUUCAUUAUAACUAACUUGGUCCCAACAGCAAGUUUACAAUCUCCCAGUUCUGCACUUUACAAAUCUGCAUCAAAUAUUAUAGCUUAUGAGUUGGACAAGCUGUUUACUAACAGCAACGUCAAAAGAACAUUCUCAAACUGCAGAGUUCUCUCUUUCAGUCCAACUAAUGCUGGCAACACAAGCGUGUACUCAAUCUGCACAUUUGGAAAUGAUUCUUCUCCUCAGGAAGUUAAUAAAGUUACUGUACACCAUGAGUUCAGGGACAACACAGAGUACAUUUCCACUUUGGGAACAUAUUCACUGGAUAACAACAGUCUUUACGUGAAUGCACCAAUUGUGGCCACAACUCCAAACCUGCAGGUAAAGCCGUUUGAUUUUAAUGUGACCUUCAUUAUAACUAACCUGGCCCCGACAGCAAGUCUGCUAUCUUCCAGUUCUGCACUGCAUAAAUCUGCAUCAAGUAUUAUUGCUAACCAGUUGAAUAACUUGUUUACUAACAGCAAAAUCAACAGAACAUUCUCAAGCUGCAAAGUCAUCUCUUUCAGCUUAGCCAAUAAAGAAGACACCAGUGUGGAGGCAGUCUGCACUUUCAGAAAUGAUUCUGUUCCUCAGGAGAUUAACAAAGUUACUGUGUACCAUGAGUUCAGAGACAACACGAAGAGCAUCUCCACUUUUGGAACCUAUUUACUGGACAGCAACAGCCUCUACGUAAAUGAUUAUCAUGAACCAGCUCCAAACAUACAAACAAAGCCCUUUGAGUUUAAUGUGACCUUUAUUAUAACAAACUUGGCCCUGACAGCAAGUCUGCAGUCUUCCAGUUCUCCACUGCACAAAUCUGCAUCAAGUAUUAUUGCUUACCAGUUGAAAAACCUGUUCAUGAACAGCAAUAUAAACAGGACAUUCUCAAGCUGCAGAGUUCUAUCUUUCAGUCCAGCAAAUGUCAGCAGCACCAGCGUGUACGCAAUCUGCACAUUCAGAAAUGAUUCUAUUCCUCAGGAAGUUAAUGAAGUUACUGUGUACCAUGAGUACAGAGACAACACAAAUUACAUUUCCACCUUGGGAACGUAUUCACUGGAUAACAAUAGCCUCUAUGUCAAUGGUUACCAUGAAUCAGUCCCUUCAACCACGGAAGCACCCAUUAUGGUAGUGACACUACAACCGAAUGAAGAGACAAGACCCAUUGAUUUUAAUGUCACUUUCACCAUAGAUAAUCUGGCAUUUACACCAGAUUUACAAAAUCUCAAUUCCCCUGAGUAUACAACUGCAUCGGGCAAUGUCAUUAGCUUGCUCAAUAAUCUGUACAAAAACAGCAAGAUAAAGAAGACAUUCACAAAUUGUGAACUCGUAUCUUUCAGUCCUGCAAAUCAAGACAAUACCAAAGUUGAAACACGCUGUUCUUUUAAAAAUGAUCCCACUGUUCCAGGAGUUGAUAAAGUAACUGCUUAUAAUGAGUUCAGAGACAAUACUGAGAAAAUCACAGCAUUAGGAGCAUAUUCACUAAACCAAAACAGCCUUUACGUGAACGGUUAUCAAGAAUUGGAACCAACUACAACACCAAUUAUAUCUUCACCUGCAGUCCGAGAAGGAGACUUGUCUUUUGAGCUUAACUUCACAAUAAUAAACAGAAAUUUCACUGAAGCACUUAAUGACCCCAAUUCCCUUGAAUAUCAAAGCAUUGUUGCUAAUGUUACCAGAAUGCUUAAUGAGCUGUAUAAAAACAGCUUUUUAAAGGACAGCUACCGCAUCUGUAAAGUUACAGGACUGAGAAUCGGAUCAGUUAAAUGUACCUAUAUGUGUUACUUCAACCCAUCUGCUGUAAAUGAACCAGUGACAGAAGAACAAGUCAGAACAGAAUUUGCCACCGGAACAAAUGGAACAAACUUGCUUGGAAACUUCUACCAGUUGCGAAAUAACAGUUUGGCAGUGGAAGCUAAAGCACCAGUCUUCACUGGCAGAAUAGAAAUACCAUAUUGGGGAAUCAUACUGAUCGUGCUGGGCAUACUGCUCAUUCUAUUUCUGUUAUUCCUCUUAUGUUUAUUGAUUGCAUUAUGUCUAAAAAAGAAGUAUCAUGGAUCCUAUGACACAUUACAAAACCCUGCAGGAAUCUACUUUCCACAUCAGAAAUACUACUGAUAAAAAAUAUCACAUAUCAUGCAAAUUAUGGAGCAAUUAAAGUAGAAGAACAUGACUAUAUUUAUUUAGUUAUUAUGUCGUAUUGAGCUCAAAAUCAAGGAUGUAUACUUUUCACUGAAAACUAAAUUCUGCCAAAAAGAUGAAUCCAUAAUAAAAUAGAAACAGUGAUAAUUACAAAUAUCAGCAGAAAUCAUGGUUUCAGUUAACUAUUUUAAAAGAAAAGGAACUAAGUUGUGAUAAAUAUACGACUUCAAUAGAAACUUCAAUAACUAAAUUAGAUAUAUUGUACCAUUCAAAGAUUUGCCUCAGACUUGCAGAUCUUUUUUGUACUGAAUAUUGACUCAGUGUAAACUACCUUAUAACUAGGAAGUAAUCGACUAAGGUGUUUUAUUGUUGUGCUGUCAUUGCUCAUUUCACUUUCCUUAUUAGUCAUAUUCCAAUAAAAGCAUAUAGACUUCAGAUGUUCUACAUUCUACAGGGAUACAUUUAAAAGUUGACUUGGAGUAUGGCACACAAGGAAUAGUGGAAUUCCUAAUGUUAAACAAGACACUGUCAAAAGUGUCAAAAAGUUUCUGAGUCAUAGGUUACUCAUGUAAAUCAGUUGCAUUAACUUAUUGCCACCAGUCUGACGUCUUCCACGUUAUCUCAGAUGUUAUAUUUAUCAAUUAUCUUUACACAGACUUCGAAGAUAAUAACUAUUACUGUUGUGAUCUAAGAAUUCCAUUAUAUAUUUAUAAUAGAGUAUGUGAGAUAAUUUAGAUUACAUAAUAA